GUUACAUACUGCUGUCUGAGUUAAGGGGAGACUCGACACAACCCUGCACUCCGAAUGAAGACGAGAGGAUUUUAUGCACAAACUGGAUCUGGAAAGGAAAUGUCCACUCGGGUUUCCACUGCAUGGACUUUCUAACACUUUAUCGGCGUUUUUCCGUGUGUUGAUGAGGAGUAAGGGCUCUGUCAAUAAUGGCCGGUUCUGUUCUUGGGAAUUAUGAUUCUAUAAAUCAAACCAACUGCACCCACUUCAAAUACAUAGCGUACACUGUCACUUAUACCAUAAUGGUUCCAUUUGGACUUUUCAGUAAUUUGGCUGCUCUGUUUGUGUUCUUGAGGGAGACAACUAAGAAGUCAGCCAGCACUGUGUUCAUGACUAAUCUGGCUAUUUCUGAUGUUUGCUUCUCCUUAACGUUGCCCUUUCGCCUGAUUUACUACUUUAGGGACUGUCACUGGGACUUUUGGGACUGGCUGUGUCGCUGGUGUGUGUACUCCUUCUAUGUUAACCUCUAUACCAGUGUGCUGUUUCUCACAGGACUAAGCGUUCUGCGCUAUAUUGCUGUGGUGCACCCCAUUCGAAAUAAGAGCCUGGUGACGAAACGGCGGGCCAUUUUGGCAUGUUUAUGCAUUUGGGUGUUUGUUGCGAUUAUGUCCAUUCCUUUCCUGAUGACAGGGACAAAGGAGGCUAACAAUAAAACAAGCUGUUUUGAAAUUAAAAACAUGACAGACUGGAAACGAGUGGAACGACUCAAUUAUUUGGGCCUGGUGUUUGGCUUCUUGAUCCCAUUUAUCACCAUCCUGGGCUGCUAUGGGUGCAUCAUCCAAAGACUAUUUGCCAGUCGGAAGUUACAGAAUCGACGGAAAAAGCAGAGCCAGCGCUGGCGAACGUUGUCUCUAAUCAUUGUUAUUCUCAGCACCUUCCUGCUAUGCUUUGCACCGUACCACAUAGUCCGCACACUUCAUCUGCGGGCUGCUGUAACGGGAAAUAAAGAUCAGGAGACAAAACUGCUCAAGAUUUUAGUCAUCACUUUGUGCAUGGCUGCAGCCAACAGCUGCCUGAACCCCUUAUUAUACUAUUUUGCUGGAGAGAGCUUCCGAACCUCCUUCAGUAGGGCCUCACGCCGCAUGACAAUCAGCUCUUUAAGUGAUAGUAUACGUCUGUCACGAUAUUCGUGGAGCCUGAGGAACCAAACAGGAACCCAGAGGAGGAGGUGUCAGUCCAUAGACAUGGUACAGCAACCAGAGGAAAAGCUGGACUUGGGCAGACAGUAAAUAGAAAUAGAAAAUAUUUGUCAAAUACUAUGGCAUCAAAGAUGAAGUAGAAGCAUAAAUGAGAUUUCCAGAUUUCCAGAAAAAUGCAAGGUCCACCUUACUAAAAAUUAAUAUUACACUAUAUUUGCUUGUUGAAACCUAUAGUUUUUAAUCACUAUAUUAACAUACACAUACAACAGUCAUUUACAUAUUUAUUUGUUUAUUUAUUUAUUUAUUGGUCAUUUUUAAACUGCCUAAAGGUUUCUAAAAUAGCUGAUAUGCAUAAAUAAAUUUAGCUAAAUGCCAAAAUUCGCCAAAAUUUCAGUUUUAGAUUGGAAAUUUUGUAGAAAUACUUGAAGGUUUUAAUGUCUACAUCACAACAAUCUGCCAGUCUAGAAAAGAUCUUUACAUUCUCUGGAACCAACUGAAAAUCCAGCUUUGCCACCCUACAGUGACUAAGCAGCUGGGACUGUCUAUUGUGUUUGAGAUUACGCAAACAUAUAAUUGCACACAGGUAAUUCAGUUAAUUACAUGAAUUUCAUGCUUUAUUUAUCAAAAGCGCAAGAAAAUUUAUUUCAAACAUAUUGAUACAACACUAAUGCUUAUACGAUUUAUAUCAAUAUACAAAUAUCAAAUUCAUUACAGUACAAUAUGGUGGUGUCUUUAUACAGUACCUUACUUCAGUACCACAGAGAUAAAAAUUGCCUGGUUUCCCUUUUCACUUGAUUAACAUUUUGAAAGAACAAUAAUGGAAACAUCUGUUCUGAACCAAUCAGUCCAUUCAUGGCAUAUAAUAAUACGAAAGCUGUGCAUUAAACACAUUGCGUUGUGCUGGUGUGAAAGGUUGCCAGGUGUCACUACAAAAUAUUAAUUCCAUCAUCAGCUCAAUCAACUAUCCAAAUAUUGGAGAAAUUGAAAAUAGAGUGAUAUUUUCUUCUUUGUGUAAGUACUGUAUGUGCAUUGGAAAUCACUGUCACAGAUGUAUUUCUGCUUCAUGCUUUUUUGUUUUUAAAACUCAAUGUGGCAUAAAAUCAGAUAUUUCAGGUAUGUCUGAAGCACAGAGUGGAUUCAGCUGUCAAUGAGUUGUGCUGUAAAAGCCACACCAUCUCACAGCUCUCUGUACUUUAAAUAAAGGUGUUUUUGAAUUCUG